AUGACGGUGAAAAAAGAAUAUAUGAAGAAAAGACUGGAGCGCAUAACAAGAAUAUUCGCAAUCAAAAUCUGUAAAGGUCACAGAACAGUCUCUUUCCCGUCAAGCGUUAUACUGGCAGGAAUAUUCCCUCUCGACUUAAGAGCAAUGGAACGACUUUCGCUCUACGAAAUAAAACAAGGAAAGCCACUGGACCAACUUCCGGGAAGAGACAUCGAAAAACCAAUAAGUCCUUUUUGCCUACCCCAUCCUGCUGAAAGAUGUCGCAUGUCUUUUGAGCUGAUAAGCUCUCUAGAUCAGGAACAAGCAAUAGACUGCCUAAAGCCAAGGUUAUAUACGGAUGGAAGCAAGCUGGAAGGGAAAGUUGGUGGCGCUGUCAGUGUAUGGAAAGAUGGCAGCGAAAUACGUAAGUCUACCUUUCGGCUAGAAAGUUAUUGUAGCGUUUAUCAGGCAGAGCUUACCGCAAUAUUAAAAGCAUUAGAUAUGAUGUGCAAGUUCGGCGAAUUGAAGAAAGGAAUAAUCCUAAGCGAUUCACGUUCAGCUCUAGAGUGUCUAACGGACAGCUCGUCCCUUCAUCCUUUGGCAGCUGAAAUACGAGAGCGCAUAAGAUCAUUAGUAAAUAAAAACGGCGAGGUUAAAUUUUACUGGAUAAAGGCACAUAUCGGUAUACCUGGCAAUGAAAGGGCUGAUGAGCUUGCCAAAAGGGCUGCACUAUCCAACAAACAAGCACCAGUUUAUGACAAGUGUCCGCUAUCCUUCGCGAAGCGACUAACCAGGGACUCUACCUGCGUGAAGUGGCAGCAACGAUAUAGUGAAGCAGCAACAGGAGCAGUCACGAAAAAUUUCUUCCCUGACGUAAGAGAAGCUCACAAGACACUGAAACAGAUAAGAAUGGACAAUAUUAAAGCUCAAUUAUUAACUGGUCAUGGAGGAUUUAAGGCUUAUUUGUUUAAGUUCAAGUUGGCGCAAUCCCCAUCUUGUGUUUGCAGUAAUGAAAUAGAAGAAAAAAUUGAACACCUGCUAAUAGAUUGUCCUAGAUUCACUAUUCAAAGAAUGGAAUGCGAGCAUAAGAUGGGAAUUGCAAUCAAUAUAACAAAUUUAAAGUAUGUAAUUAACAAUGAUGACUGCCGUAUCCAUUUUCUUAAAUAUGCAGAAUAUGUCGUUAGGUGUGCAGGAAAAGCAAAUGGAUUGAAAGUAGAUAUUUAA